AUGGAAAAAGGCUUCCCUUAUGCCGGUGACGGCUCUGAGACACCCCGGUCUCAUUUCGACAAGUACGAAGUCAUCCUAGACCCUCAGGAUGACCCACAAGAGUUAUCCCUCAUUCGGAGGUGGCUCGCUGUAAUCACGAUCAGUUUCUCGUCAUUGUGUGUCGCGUGUGCUUCAUCUGCUGCGGCGUUUACGGAAACGGGAGUUGCGAACGAGUUUGGUGUCAGCAGAGAGGUUACUAUCCUUGCCGUCAGCCUGUACACACUCGGUUUGGGAAUGGGUCCGCUGCUCGUCGGACCACUCUCAGAAGUGUACGGGAGGAACAUCAUCUACAGGGUGUCUUUCAUUGGCUUUUUCGCGCUCACUUGGCCUGUGGCAUUCGCGCCCAAUAUUGCCGUAUACCUCGUCUUCCGAUUCAUCACCGGUCUACUGGGCGCGUCAUUCUUGAGUGUCGCAGGAGGAAGCGUCAGCGACCUCUUCCCAGACAAUGCCGUUGCUACUCCUAUGGCUGUAUACACUAUCUUCCCAUUUAUCGGCCCUGAGCUUGGGCCGAUGUUUAGCGGUUUCAUCAACCAAAACACCAACUGGAGGUGGACCUAUUAUGUCUUCCUCAUCUGGUCCUUCGUCCAAACUAUCGCCUUGUUCGCUUUCGUACCGGAGACGUACAAACCAGUCAUUCUCAAGCGUAAAGCACAAAGACUGCGGAAGACGACUGGGAAUCUCAAUUACUAUGCUCCUCUGGAGAGAACGAACAAGAAUCUCGUCACUGCUGUUGCUAUUAGUUGUUACCGCCCAUUCCAACUUAUCUUCUUCGACCAUAUGGUUCUUCUCCUCAACCUAUGGUCAUCCAUCGUCCUCGGAGUCAUCUACCUUGCAUUCCAAGCAUUCCCCAUCAUCUUUGAAGACAAUCAUGGCUUCAACAUGCAAUGCACCGGGCUUACGUUCAGUGGUAUCGGUCUUGGCAUGAUUCUUGCGUUGUGCAGUCAGCCUUAUUGGAACGCGUACCGCAAACUUCAUGGUAGUAUCCCGCCGGAAGAGGUUCUCCACAUCGGCCAAGUAGGCGGUAUUCUCGCUCCCAUCGGUCUCUUCUGGCUCGCCUUCACGACCUACCCCUCCGUGCACUGGAUCGUCCCCAUCCUCGGCUCCAUCCCCUUCGGCGCAGGGACCUACUUCAUCUUCACCUCCGUAUUCACCUACCUCGUCGUCGCCUACCGGCCCGUGGCCGCCUCCGCGCUCGCGUCGAAUAGCGUCAUGCGAUUAGGGUUCGCGGCCGUUUUCCCGCUGUUUGCGAACGCGAUGUAUGCGAGGCUGGGGACUGUGGGUGCGACGGCGCUUUUGGCGGGGUUGACGACGUUGAUGGCGCCUUGUCCAUUCGUGUUUUAUAAAAUUGGACGGAGACUUCGAAAUCGAUCCGCGUUCGGGACAAAAGACUCUGAAGCUGUCAUGCAAAGCCAAGCACCGGCGACCCCCGUCGUCACCUCUGUCGCACAUACUUAG